UUAAAUUACAGGACACAAAGUAGAAAGAGAAAACUGAAAAAUGUCAUGCUGCAGAUUUCUCAGCUCAACACCGCUGUCUGCUCAGCCCAUCAUCAUCAUCGGUAGUAACAAGAACCUCCUCUCAGACAAAACAACCCAACAUCUACAAAUCGCAUACUCCUCCUACUCUCCUCCUGCAACAACUUAUUCCACCAAACCCAGCAUUCCCAUGGAUUCUAAGCCCACGUUUGACUUUCUCACCAAGAAGCCUUACGUUCCGCCUUCUUGGGCUACGAACCUCUGUCCCCUGCCUUCUCACAUCUUUUCGCUCGGCCAUUUGCCAACUCCAAUUCACAAGUGGAACCUUCCUAAUUUGCCUAAGAACACCGAGGUUUAUCUCAAGCGCGAUGAUCUUUCAGGAAUGCAAUUGAGUGGUAACAAAGUCAGGAAACUUGAAUUCUUGUUGGCAGAGGCAGUGGCACAGGGUGCUGAUUGUAUUAUAACAAUUGGAGGAAUACAGAGCAAUCAUUGCCGAGCCACUGCUGUGGCUGCCAAAUAUUUGAAUCUUGACUGUCAUCUUAUACUACGCACUUCAAAGGCUCUAGUAGACAAAGAUCCUGGAUUGACCGGAAAUCUCUUAGUGGAGCGUCUGGUUGGAGCUCAUAUUGACCUUGUUUCAAAAGAAGAGUAUGCUAAUGUUGGGAGUGUAGCUCUCACUAACACACUGAAGGAAAAAUUAUUGAGUGAAGGCAGAAAACCUUAUGUCAUUCCUGUAGGGGGAUCCAAUUCCUUGGGAACUUGGGGCUACAUUGAAGCAAUUAGGGAGAUCAAAGAACAGCUCGAGAAGGGAAAUGGUGAUUUAGCAUUCGACGACAUUGUUUCAGCAUGUGGGAGUGGAGCCACAGUUGCUGGAUUAGCGGUUGGAUCUUGGCUGAGUGAUUUGAGAGCUAAAGUCCAUGCCUACUGUGUAUGCGAUGAUCCUAAGUACUUCUAUGAAUUCACUCAAGGCCUACUUGACGGAAUUCAAGCUGGUAUUGAUUCACGUGAUAUUGUCGACAUUCAAAAUGCCAAAGGUCUUGGUUAUGCUAUAAAUACAGCAGAGGAACUUGCAUUUGUCAAGCAAAUCGCUCAAUCCACUGGUGUUGUUCUUGACCCAGUCUACAGUGGGAAAGCAGCUUUUGGGAUGAUGAAGGACAUGGCUGAGAAUCCUGCAAAGUGGGAAGGACGAAAGGUUCUCUUCAUCCACACUGGUGGACUCUUGGGCUUGUUCGACAAAACAGAGCAGAUGUCUUCAUUGGUUGGGAACUGGCGUAGAAUGGAUAUCCACGAAUCUGUACCCCGUAAAGAGGGCACUGGUAAAAUGUUCUGAACAUAUCAAGAUCAAGCUUCUCCUGGCUAUUGAUUUUAUUACUCAUUCAAGGAGCGAAGAAGCACACGUUCCGAUUUGUAAAAUCCUUUGCUUGAGGUCCAAGAAUAAAGGGAAGCCUCAAGGUUUCAUGACAGUUUGUUCAACUGUAAGAAAUUGUUUCCUCCCUGUUUCUUGCAUAUGUGGCUGUGGUAAUAACAUCAUAGUGGCUUAUCAUUCUUCUUCUGAGAGAUGAUUCUGUUUUUCUGGGGCUUGAGCCCUCAUCUGGUGAUUACUAUGCAUCUAAGAAAAUUUUGCAA